GACGGAGUUGCGUCGGUGGAUGUGCCGGCGGCAACUUCGAUCAAUCCGAUCAUUGGGCACACUGCUGCUGCUUGACAAGUCACCACCCACCACCACCUCUAAGUACCAUCUACGUAUUCCACGCCUAUUCGAACCCAUGGACGACGAGAUCGAGUCAAUCCUAUUCAUCGGCCGGGAAGUCUCGGUCUUCAAGAUCCCCCCUCUCAAAGCGAAUGAAGGGCAUCGCGCCGGCGAAUGGGGUGACCUUGCUACGCCGCUUUGGAAAGGUCGGAAUGGACAAAGUCGCAUCCGAAUAAUCGAGAAGUCCGCGGGCGCCACGCUCAUGUUCGAGGAUCCACAAACUGUAUUCGCCAAGGCGGAUUACGAUAUCGCAAAGCCCUGCGUUGAAGCAGUACUCGAUUCCUCCCGAUACUUUGUCGUCCGUGUCGAAGACUCAGGGAGAAAGGCGUACAUUGGGAUGGGUUUCCAAGAGCGGACGGACAGCUUCGACUUCAACGUCGCUCUGCAGGACUACACCAAACGUCGCAAAGCAGCUCUCAAUCCCCCAACACCGGAUGACGAACAACCCUCUCCGCACAUCCCAACAGGCCCCAAGAAAGACUACAGCCUGAAGGAAGGCCAGACGUUCUCCAUCGCCAUCCCCGGGCGAGGAAACAGGUCAUCCGCUACCAGCACGGCCAGCACAGCCUCGAACCUUCUUGGCGACAUGAGUAGCCUGGGGGGCUCCAGUACUUCGAGCACAUCGAGUUCGGGAGGCGGUGUCCCGUUGCUGCCUCCGCCGCCUAGCUCAGGACGCAGACGUGGUUGAACGAAAUGCUAUGGAAUUGACCUAACCACAUCGAAAGGCAUGAAAGACACUUGCAUGGGGAUAAUGAAUGUGACGGUCUCACUCUUUUCCGUUGACUCGGAUACCUCGUCUCUCAGCCGUGUGAUAAUCGGGUCUGAUCGUUACAUACCG